AUGGCGGAGCAGGAGGGGGGGGAGCCCUCCUCGGCGAUACAAGUAUGCGUCCGGGUGCGACCCCUCAAUCCGAGGGAACGCGACGAGGGUCUACGCGCUUGCGUCAGUUUUGAUGAGGAAACAAAGCAAGUUGUUCUUUCGGCGGUGGACAAGAAUACGCUGCUGCAGCUCAGAGGUGCAACUGCCAAAGGGUAUGCUUUUGAUCGGCGAUAUGGUCAGGACAUUACUUCCGAUGCAAUUUAUGAAGACUGCGUGGCGCAGCUGGUCGAGGCCGUGUUCAAGACCGGCUCCGGCAAGACGCACACAAUGGCCGGAGGGCAGGGCAUACACGGUGUUGUCGAGGAGGGUAUCACACCACGGGUUAUCCGGCACAUCUUCGCGCUCGCGGAGGCAAUUCGCAAGAAGGAGAAGCCGGGAGAGAAGACGCAGGUAGAAGCGUACGGCCUCGAGUUGUACAACGAAGAUCUCCGUGAUCUUGCUCUGGCGGGUGGACGGGACGAGACAGCAAAGGGCUGGGAUGGAAAGGGAGGGAAUCCGUCGGCUCUGAAACUGCAGGAGCGGCCUGUCGGAAAGGAUGGACGCGUCGUGCCCGAGGUAAUUGGCGUGACAGAGAGGGUCGUGAGCAACGCGGACGAGCUGCUCUCAUUUUUCAAUUUGUGCAUGGAGAACCGCUCGACGUCGUCUACGAAGCUCAACGACAGGUCGUCCCGAUCCCACGCGAUCUUCACCAUUACAGUGCAGCGUACGAUCGUGGAGGUGCUUAAUGAGCUGGGAGCCGAUCUCAAAGCCAAGGUCCGUACCAGCGAGUUUACCAGCAAGCUGCACCUCGUGGACCUUGCGGGUAGCGAACGCGUGAAGCGAUCGGGCGUCACGGGCAAAGAGCUGAAAGAGGCGACACACAUCAACAGCGGUCUCCUGGCCCUUGGAAACGUCAUCGUGGCGCUUGCUGGCGAUGAGAAGGAUGGGACUGGGAAAGCGGGGGCGGGGGAAAAGAAGAAGGCGACACAUGUUCCGUAUCGUGACUCAAAACUCACGCGCUUGCUCCAGGAUUCCUUGGGCGGCAACAGUCUCACAGUCCUCAUCAGCUGCAUCAGCCCUUCUGAGUCUGACUUCGAGGAAACGAAUAACACUUUGAAGUAUGCCAACCGCGCCUGCAAGAUCAAAAACCAGCCGCUACCGAACAGGUUCACAACGCUGGAGGAGGACUUGCUGCCGGUCAUUCCGCAGGCCGGAAUGGGUGCUUCGCUGGGCAUGAUGCAGCUACAGGCCUUGCUUGAGGAUCAUGAGAAGCUGAAGGAGGUUCGCGAGCGCCGCGAGCGGGAACGCAAAGAGAAGGAGGCUAAGCGCGCUGCGGCCCUCUCUGCCCUACGAGAGGAGCAAAUGAAGGCGAAGGGCUUCCAGCGGCUCCGUGCCACGCAAUACGACGAGCUGCGUCGACGUCUUGCUGGAGGCGCGGCGGCUAGCAUCCCUACGGACCAGGUCAUUGGAGAUGAAUUGUUGAAGGGAUUCGGCACACGUCUACGGAUAAGCAAUCAAAUGACCAAUUCCGUGGACAGCCUGGGUGGUGCUGGCUCCGCGGGGCCCGCGUCAGCACGUCGGCCACAUUUGGCACGACCAGCCAGCAGCCGCAACCGCGUUCCACCGACGACCGACGAGUCCCCCAGCGGCACGCCAUCAACUUCACGUCCACGGCCAGGUACCUCCACAGCGAAAGCAGUCGGAAAGUCAAGCUUCGCCGCUUGGCUGGCAUCUCAAGAAGCGGGCACUGGAGGCGAGGGCGGGGAGGGAGUGGGCAGCACAGCGGGCAGCGAGUACGGUGGAACGGACGACUUCGUGGAUGGCGAUGGCACGGAAGACUAUGCAGGCGGAGAGCAUGGAGAUGAAUCGAUGUUCGCUGAUGAGGAUCCAUCAGCGGACGGAGCGGGUGGAGACGCGAACGGCGGCGAUGACUCAAUGUUCGCUGAGGAGGAUCCAUCAGCUGGGAAGGGCGAGGAGGGUAGCGCACCAGCGGCAUCCAAAUCCAAGUUCCGACGGGCACAGAAGCAAGGGGUUGAUGGUGCUGGUGGGCCUGCAGCCGUGGGCGGCAGCGAGGUCUCACUCACAGAGCUUGAGCAGGGUGCCGGAACCAGCGGCAACGUGGAUGGCGUGGACCCGGCAGACAGCGGUGGUGUAGAUGAGGGCGCAGGUGCAGAUGAUGGUGGAGGCUACGACUUGUUGGAUGAAGGCGAGGUGCCGAAAUUACUGGCGCGUUUCAAGGUGAAUCAACACGACACGCUGGCGGUCUUCAAAGCCUGCACCAAGGAAGAUUUCAAAGACGUCAUAAGCCUCCUGCCGGAAAAUACUCCACUCCCGGCGUCGGACAAGAUGACGUACCUGCUCGCGCGACUAGAGGUCAACCCUGGUCGCGACAUGGCAGCCGCAUUGCUCACUGUUGCGACUGGCGAGGCUACGAUGAAGGAGGCCGUUGGACCGGCCGUGGGCUGCCUGAUGGCUACUUUCGGAACCAACAUGAUCGCGUCCUGCAUCUUCGAUUUCGACGAUCCAGACGACCUCCGGUACUACGGUGUCGAUGAACGUAUCGAGCUGUGGGGCUUGCAGAUUCCGCAUACCAGCGUCCGUCCUGCGCUGGCAGAGGGCCUUACGGAGGAGCAGGCUCUAGCAGCUGCGGAAGCCAGUAAGGACAACACCAUCACGUGGAGCUCCGUGGACCGCCUGAAUAUGUCCAUCGGCUUAUUGUACGCGCUCUGCAAUCACGCCAUCGAGAAUGGCAUCCGCUGCGGCUUCUGCGUGCCUCGGCCCCAGCUGCUUAAACGCUGGAUGCAGGCUGGCGUCAAGAUGGAACAGACAGCGCACGAUUAUGAGUACUACCGCGCGUCGACCGUCGCAUGGUUCAUGGUCGCUGAGGUUAAGGCCAAGCUGGAACGUGUAUUGGGCAUUGUGCACUGAUGGUUGCGUGUACCUAGCGCGCGUGUCGCCUAGCGCGCUUUUGUGCAUGGAAUUGCGUGCGCAUCCAACCAGCAGCGCGCUUUCGAGGGGCGCGCUUCUGGCCUUCCUGGACCAAAGUUCUAGCUACGUAUAGAAUGCCGUUCCCUCGUUGUAUAUGACAUAGGCAGGCGCGAAUCGGCGGGAUCGUGCGCUGUAGCGGCUGGUAUCACGUCCAAUACACGAAUACCCGCCCUUGUGGUGAGCGUACCGCGUACCGAAACAAGGUCAGCAGUAUAAUGAAAUGCUAGGCUGUGCGCCACCACGGUUAGCAUCGAUUGCAAGCGCAUUCGUGACCCUUUUGACCCUCGUUCCGGCGUGCGGUGGCUAGCAUACCCUCAUUGCGCCGAUUUACACCUUUCACUUAACCGUAGGUUAGUUCGUGACUUUGCAUGAUGAAUUUGUACAUUUUGCUAGGGCCAUGGAGGCAGGAGGGCCGGUGGGUUGGGAUUACAGAGAUGCGCAGCGCGUAUUACGCAACUUUAAAGCGGCAGCUAUGCCCUGCACAAAUGAGCUGGGGCUGUACGUUGUGGUAGUAAUCAGGACCGAAAUUUGCUACCUUCUGUAAUACCUGGAAAUAGCCGCGACAUCGUGCCUCUGCUUCAUUAAGUAGACGGUUACUAGUUACAGUGGCGCCCGAAUGGCUCGUGUGCAAUGCCCACCGAGCGCCAACCGCACAACCCUGUGUUGUUGUUACAGCGUGGGAGGCAUCUGGGCCAAUGAGACAGAUUUGGAAUGUCAUAUCUAGGAUUGAACACCAUACAGCACCAUCCACCACUACCACACUGUACUACGCCAGACGAACUGCAAGUCCAAGGCGGUCGAUUCUGCCUUCUAGAAUCCCUCCUCAUCAUGUCACCCUAACAUCCGUAGAGACAGAGGGUUCAGCAUUCGCCACCAAUCCAGCGUGCGAAUCUUGGUCCAUCAACUGUGACCUCAACUCCACAUUAACCCUGUGUGCGAUACACGGCCAUACACGGCCAAACAUACCACAGCGUCACUGACGAUAUAGCCUUAUCUAGCACACAGUUGAAGUCAGGAAAGGCAUAAAACCUUUAAAUUUGCUGCUUGUUGGGUCCCUGGCAAAUAGUUUGUCACACCCCUCGAAGACGGUAUAGACUACCAGCCUUGGGGAGCGUGAUUUGUUGCCGCGAACCCAGUAAGGCGCGCAGAGGGAUAGCCUAUUAAUCAACCAGAGGUCGGCAAAUAAGGCGGGUACUGCGGGUCCGUACCACAGUACCCGCAGCCGUAAUUCGGCUCAAAACCCCGGCUGCGGCUCUUUAAUGACCAAAAAUUGACCAAAAGACGUGAUUUGCAGCCUCUAUUGCGGCCGUAGGGCCGCGCGCUGAACUUAAACCUGUGUUUGGCUUUGAAUUAUUUUAGGUUCACUGACCGAAAUCAUGCCCUCCCGCAGCCGUAGAAACCGAUUUGCCGACCUCCGUACCCAACCUUUCCGUAGCUAUUUGAGUCAGUCAUUAAGGUGACGUGUUAAGAUAACUUUCACGUAACGGAUACCUGACUGAGACAGGACAGCCUAGGUACCGGCACGAUCAUUCCGACUCUAGCACAGACUCCUUGUGCCUACUGUUGCCUGUUUGGUACGGCGCAGCAGUAAGCAGGAAAGGAAGCGGACAGCUCGGUGAUCUGUGGACAGACCGCCGACGUGCUCCUUACAGCUAACAAAUA